UGGAGAUGCCGAAGGCCGACAAAAAUAAGGUUAGCCAAAAGCAAAAGCCCGUCCAUCCAUUGAGUAGAAAAGCACAAGUGUUAUCGAAGCAAGUUGCUCGUGAACAACGAGUAAAUCACAGCCAUGCCAAAACAACGAUAAAGAACGACGUAAUUGCACAAAAGUUGAUUUGGUUUCAACAAGAAGUUGACCAAGAGAGAAAAGAUUUUACAAAGAGGGAUUUAAUCGAAUAUACUAAGCAAUACUUGCGGCGAUUUGACGAUGAACUAGAUCAGAUUGCUAUUAUUAAAGCUGUAGGAAAUCGCCAAGGACAUCAACAUACAGCUAGAAAAUCAGCCAUUCAGUUAAGUAUCGAACGGGACCAGCAGAUGUUAGAGACCAGUGGAUUAGAGGUCCCGGAUAUUAUUAAUGGGAACCAUUUGGACACUUUUAGAAAAUGGGAUGGAGAUUUAUUUGCAGUUCAAAACAUUAAAACAAGAAAACUGUUCAAGAAAGACUUUGAAGAAGUUCCUGUAGAAGCGACAGAGAAAACAACUGAAUAAUUUAGAAAACGAAUUUUGCAAUAAAUUUGAAUUAAAUACAACUUGAAAUUUAGAUUGAAUUCAGAACGGA